AUGGUUCCUCCUUGCGGCAUCUGCCGCUCGGCAGCGGCAAAAAAAGACAGAGGCGUUUGCUUGAGACCUGGUAGACGCAAGAAACUAGCUGUUGUCCGCGCUGUUGGGGCACUGGCGCUUGCAUUGCAUUUUGGUGGAGUGCCGGCUGGUUCAAGCUUUGCCAGUGCAGCCUCACCACCAGUCGCAGCAACAACUGCAACAGCCUCUGCUUCUCCUUCUCCUGUUGUUCAAGGAACUGCAACAGACGUACAUCACCAUCAGCAGCAGCAGAAGUCCCCCUUCGCUGCUGAAGAUAGUGAAGGAUUGACGUUUCGCGCUAUUCCGUACGCCGAAUGCAUCAAACCGCUGGCUGUUGGCGGCCAGAUUGUACACUGCAGGAAGGAUGGGGGCGGUAAACCUUAUGUGGAUUUUGGUUCUUUUGAAGGCCCCCAGGGGCCCUUCUUGGGCCAAAGUUUCCCAAUGGACAUCCCCCCCGAUUUCUUCUUGCGGCGCGCGUUGGCGCGAGACCGCGAGAAGAUGAAACAAAAAAACUCAGAGACAGAGUCUCCCUCCACUUCUGCCUCAGCUGCAGAAGAAAAAGGCAGCGAAACGACUCACAUGCAAACCCAGGAAAAGGGGGGGACCCUGGAAGACCCGCACUUCAUACGCAUAUUUGGGCGCUGGACCGCUUAUUCCCGUGGGUUGAAUAUGUGGUUAAACAGAGAUGCUAGAGCCGCUCUUGAACGCAGACUGACGGACGAAAACCCAGCAGUAGCGUUGCUUCAGCAGCAUGAUUCCACUAUCUGGGAUACCCCUGAGCAACGUCCUCUGUUAUUUGCUCGCAUGGGGAUAGUGCCGCAGCCAAGACUGUCUCGUCCUGUUUUAUACUGGAGGCAGACUCUUACUCCUUCUCCUAUGGAGCACUCAUGCGUUGCUCUAAUCAAGCGGCCUAUCACCGCUUCAGAGAGGGGCCCAGAAUCAGAUCCAUCAACAAAUGCAGCGGCUGCACCGCCAGGGAUGCCGGAAUCCUGCGAAGAGGUGCAGCGACGCGUAUCGGAGAAGAAGAACAGCGAAACUUCAUUUGAUCCCUUUUGGCUCUCAUGCACCCCUGAGCUGCAGCUGAGCCGUCCAGCCAAGUACAUCACCUUCUCCAUCUCACAGGAGAAGAUCAACAAAGUGCUUGCAGCCCUUGACUACAGCGUAGAAAUAUGGGAGGAACCGCACGAAAUAAGAACACCCAACGCAGAGGGGUUAAGAAAACCCCCUGAAAUAAUAAAAAUACAGCCGGAGACAAAACAAGAGGAACCAGUGGCGGCACCAGAGCAUCAACCGGGAGAGGUGCCAGCAUUCCGCACCGUCGAGGCGCGUCGGCUCUCUGCAGAGCAAGAUUCACCGGUAGAAGAGCAACCGAAGUGGCGCGUUGGGGUCUGCCUCUUGACCAGAAGCAAAGGAAAAGAAGGGGCUCAGAAUAAAGCCAGCACGGACGUCAGAAAAGACGGUAUUGAGGCAAAAGCCGCCGCGAUUUCAGUUCAGCCUCCAAGAGGAGGAGAGGGACAGAAUGCAGCGACCAAGGGCGAGCCUGAGUUGCACAGGGAAGGAAAGGAAGAAGGAGAUGAAUCGGGGAGGAAAAAGGAAGAGAAAAAAACGGGAGAUCAGCCUGCAGAUGCAGCAACGUUUGUCGGAGAGCUGAAGUUCCACCUCUCGCCGGCUGUCGCAUCGCAGCCAGAUGUUAACCCACAAGAGGAACCCGAAGCCAUUCAAAUUCGGCAUUUUAUUAAUGCGGGGUGGAUGUAUACCCGAUAUAUCCAAGGAAUAAAUGUUUCGCGAUUCAACCGGCUGGCCAUAAAGGAAUCCAGAGGAGUUGGUGCUCAACCUUGCGCCGGGUUCUGGGACGAGCACAGUUUGCUGAGUGUGGCACCCGAUGCGUAUUCAUGGGAUGAAGCGACUCAAAAGGGCACCCUGAGAUUUGUCUUUGGAAGCGCGUUGAAGGAAGGAGUGGACAACAGCGAUGCGCUGUUUGACGCUCUUCCUGGACACCACCCGACUUCCCGUAUGCACAUUUGUUUCUAUCCAAAUGAAGAACAGCCAUUCGGCCUAUUCAUGGGGGAAGUGCGGUUCGUCAUUGAUUCGGCGGAUGCGACUUUGCUCGUUUGUUUCAUCCUCUUUGUUUUCUUAGCGCUCCCACUGACCUGUGCGGUCGCUCUAUCGUUCCAUGUUUACAAGCAUCGCCACUUACGCGAACGUCUGCAGCGGCUUGUGCUUGUUCAGCAGCGAGAUGCGGUGGAGCAACUACUAAUGCGAGAGUUGGGGCUUUCUACAGACGAGCAGGACGAUGGAAACGAUGACGAAGACGAAGAGGAAAACCAUGUUUAA